CCAAUUCCUCUCUCUCUCUCUCUCUCUCUCUCUCUCUCUCUCUCUCUAUAAAAUCAAAAAUAAGGACUUGUUUGUUUCAUCGUACUUUGUUUUAUAGGAUCAACCUUGGAAGCCACACCUAGGCAUGAGUUGCUCAAUAGAUUGGCCAGAACCAAUUGUCCGUGUCCAAUCCUUGUCCGACAGCGGCACCCCCACCAUCCCCGACUGCUACGUCAAACCGCCACAGGACCGGCCGGUAGUCAACUCCUCCUCCAACCACCAUGACACCGAUGUAAACAUCCCCUUAAUUGACCUCGGAGUUUUAACAUCCGGGGACGACAAUACUACUCUAAGAGCAACCACCAUAGCCCAGAUAUCCGAAGCGUGUCGUGAGUGGGGCUUCUUCCAGGUGGUCAAUCACGGAGUGAGCCCCCACUUGAUGGAUCGCGCCAGGGAUAUCUGGCGCGAUUUCUUCCAUCUUCCAAUGGAAGAAAAGCAAGUUUAUGCGAAUUCACCCAAAACGUACGAAGGGUAUGGAAGUCGGUUAGGCGUCCAGAAAGGUGCCAUUCUCGACUGGAGCGACUACUACUUCUUGCACUUUCUUCCGUGCUCGCUUAAAGAUCAUAACAAGUGGCCCGCCUUGCCAGCUCCUCUCAGGGAAGUGAUAGAUGAGUACGCGGACCACUUAGUAAAGCUAAGUGGGCGAUUAAUGAAGGUUUUGUCAAUAAAUCUUGGAUUAGGAGAGGAGUAUCUUCAAAAUGCGUUUGGCGGCAACAACAUUGGAGCGUGUUUAAGAGUGAAUUUUUACCCAAAGUGUCCACAACCCGAUAUGACUCUUGGCCUAUCCUCUCAUUCGGACCCCGGUGGCAUGACUAUUCUCCUCCCAGAUAGCCAUGUCGCCGGGCUUCAAGUCCGAAAAAACGACCAGUGGAUUACCGUGAAACCAGCUCCACAUGCUUUCAUUGUUAACAUGGGGGAUCAAAUUCAGGUGCUAAGCAAUGCGAUAUACAAAAGCGUAGAGCACAGAGUAAUGGUUAACUCAUCGAGCGAACGAGUAUCGCUUGCAUUCUUCUACAAUCCAAAGAGCGAUAUACCAAUAGAGCCAGCGAAAGAGCUCAUCACGGAUGAUAGACCUGCACUGUACAAAGCCAUGACUUUCGAUGAGUACAGACUAUACAUAAGGACCAGAGGUCCACAGGGAAAAUCUCAAGUUGAGUCUCUCAAAUCCCCAAGAUGAUGAUCAUGAUCAUGAUUAUUCACCCAAAAUCCCAAAUGUCUAGUACUCACAAUUUUUUCAUCAAAUUGUUUAUCAUUUGGUUCAAAAAAUUUAAUUGUAAAUCUUUGUAAUCUAAUAGAGGUGUUUACCAAGUAAACGAAAUAAAAUAAAAUAAAAUAAAAUGGAGUAUGUGUGUAGA